AUGCUCAAUGGAGUCGCAGCAGCAUUGGAGAAGAGGCGGGAAUCCCCAAUGGGCGACCGGGGGAUGAUCGUGAGCGUGGUGUCAUGGAUUCUGGUUGUUGCCAUGGUCUUCACUCUCAUCACGAGGUUAACCAUGAAGUUUGUGGUGAUAAAGAAGGGCAGAAGGUUUGGUUUAGACGAUGUCUUCAUUGUCCUCGCUGCACUCUUCAGCGUAGGACAGACAGCUGCUGUAUCAAUGGAGGCUAUGCAUGCUCUGGGGCAGCAUGCUGCAGACCUCACCGUAGAGGAGCUGCGAAUUUUCCAGAAGGCCGAAUACGCUGGCUGUAUGCUAUACAUCGCCAACAUGGGCUGCGCGAGGAUAUCCGUCUGCCUACUCAUCAUGAAAAUCCUACCAGGCCGGAUUGCAAAGUGCGCUGCACUCGGCUUCGCUAUCUUUUCAGGGCUCUGGACCUUUUCCGGAGUCAUGGUCACCGUCUUCCCGUGUCCAUUUCCUCAACCAUGGCACUUCUUAGGCAAGCAGUGCAUAGAUGUUAUCAGCUUCAUCAACUAUAUCGGCAUCACAAACAUUGUGGUCGAGGUCAUUCUGGUCAUUAUACCCCUUGUUGUCUGGAAUAUUCGCCUUUCUGCUGGCAGAAGUAUCUCUGUUUCUUCCGUGUUCCUGUCACGACUGAGCGUCGUUGCAGCGGUAGUUGCUCAACUUGUCUAUUUCAAUCGGGAUGUCGACCCGGCCGACGUCACCUACCACCACUGGAGGACCGCCCUGUGCGUACAAAUAGCACAGAACCUCUCGAUUAUCACGGCCUGCCUACCCUGUCUCCAUCCCUUCAUCCUUAGUGUCCUCUCCGGGGCCAUCAAGCCCGAUACACUCCAUUUUGAGUGCACGGCGCCCAAGAAGAUCAAGCGCUACUUCAAGCGGAGCGACCCCCAAUUCAACUCCAUGUCUUCACAAUCCUCCACUCAACCUAUGAAGGAGAAGCAGCCAGCCGAGAAUUACUGCCACCCACUUGCCACAUACGGACUCGACCGCUCCUCCGCUCACCUAAAUUCGCAACACUUCAACCGCUUCCCAUCAACGAAUACCGUACCCAGACCCCCCAGCUCGGAGAAGCGCGAGGAAAACGUCUUCAUGCGCUGCAUCGACAUACCCGACUCACGCCCGCAAUCCCCAGCAUCUUUCCCUCCGCCAACCACCACCACCCAGGGUCCCGACCACGACUCACCGUUGCCCAAAUCCCUCUGCGACAUCGGCGUCAUUCCCCUCGCAGAGUGGGAAACAGAAGACAGUAGUCUCAGCGACGGCGGCCAGCCCUCCGAACACAGCAGCGCCUCCAGGCGGCCGCGGCCAAACUCGGACUACGUGUUUAGUAGGGAGAAGGUGAUUUCCGUGCCCGAGGCGAACGUCAUGUAUGAGGAGCGGGGUGAGUGGAAGAGGUAUCCGCCGCCGCCGCCAUCAAGAUCGGGGAAUCGAUAA